AUGGCGAACCUGAAAGGUGUGCGGACUAGAUAUCUCAACAUCUUAAAAACGGAAAUUAAAAAUGCGCAAGUGAUUUUGGAAAGUGAUAUUGAUUUUAGUGACAAAGAGGAAUAUAUUAAUCGUGCUGAAAAAUGUGUCGAGAAAAUGAAUGUUUUCCGUGAAAAACUUGAAAAUCAAACGGAUAAAUUGAUAUGUGUACUUAGUGAAAAAGAUGACGAGUUGAUAAAAUCUAUUCUUGAUGAAGAUUGCACAAUUUGUGAAGGAGUUGUGGAUAUGUGUUUCUCUCUUAACAAAUUGAAGGAGAAAUUUGUUGAUGCAAAACAUAAAAGUGAAACGGUAAGUGCACAACAAAUUUUAGAACUACAGCAUGAUAUGCAAAAUAUUGUUGUUAGUCAAAUGAAACAACAACAGACAAUUCUAGAAAUGAACGAGAAAAAAGAAGCGAUGCGAUCAUCGGUAAAGUUGCCAAAGUUAGACUUGCUAUCAUAUAAUGGUGAUAAGCUUAAAUGGUUGGAAUUUUGGGACUCGUAUGAGUGUACAAUACAUAAGAAUAAAUCGCUGUCAAAUAUUGAGAAAUUCACAUAUUUGAGAAAUAAGCUGUACGGAGAGGCAAAACGUGCUGUAAUGGGUCUCGCUCUUUCUGACGAAAAUUACAUGUUGGCAAUUCAUAUCUUGAAAGAACGUUUCGGAAAUAUACAAGAAGUGAUUGAUCUACAUUACAAUCAGAUGAUAAAUUUAACUCCAGCCUGUAACAGAGUUGAAAGUUUGAGGGGAUUUUUCGACCAAGUUGAAAAACAUCUUCGAAGUCUCGAAGUCCUGAAUCAAAACAUAAAUCAGGAUGUAUUUGUUUCUAUGAUACGUUCGAAACUACCUCAAGAAGUUUUGCUUCAACUUGAAAUGCAUAAAGGAACAGAGGAUAAAUGGACAGUGACAAAUCUUCGCGAUAAGUUCAAAGCUUAUGUGAAUGCUCGUGAGAAAGCGGAGCAAAAGCUACCAUUCUCAGAAUCACGGAGAUAUAAACAAAUGAAUUCUCCUAACCAGCAGAAGCAAAGAGGUAAAGUUUUCUACGGAAACCAGAGUACACAGGACCAUUCAGGUAAAUCUUUAAGUUCAGCUGAAGCUCUGGUUACAAGUGAAGUAAGAAAUGUUGCUGACAAGAAGUUUAAGAAAUGCCGGUAUUGUGAUAAAAAACAUUGGAGUGAUGAGUGUCCUACUUUUCGCACGAUUGCAGAACGAAAAGGAAAACUUAUAGGAAGCUGUUUAAAGUGUCUUAAAUUAGGUCACAAUUCCGCUGAAUGUAAAGGAAAAAAGAAUUGUGUAUACUGUGGUGGAUUUAAUGUGCACCAUCGUAGUUUAUGUCCUAAAAAGUUUAGAUUAGGUGAAUUUUGUGUUGUUAAUCCUGAAAUAACAGACUCAUUGAACAACAAUGAACUCCAUGAAGAAAGUGCUCUUGUGUCCUGUGAUGAAAGUGUUUUAAUGCAAACAGCAAGAACGGAAGUAAAAAGUCCAUUUGGGACUACGAGUGAAAAUGCACGUAUUCUGCUUGAUUCGGGAUCGCAAAGGACAUACAUUACAGAGUCUCUAGCGAGCAAACUUGGAGUAAAGAAAUUAAAAGAAGAAGAAAUAAAGUUAGUUACCUUUGGAUCGGACAAACCUAAGGUAAUUAAAACAUAUUCUACAAAAGUGUGCUUGAAACUUAGUACUGGCAAAUACAUUGAAAUAAUGCCAAUAUUGUACCGGUAA